AUGAACAACAAAAAGAUCAACUUUGGCUGCUGCAACUGGACAAGAGACGCUAUGAAAUGGCGACAACGAUUUGAGGCAGCAGAUGUCACAUGGGUGUCAAGAACAAACAAUGGACCAGCGGAUCUUCUUGCAAAACAUCGGCUACCAGAUAAUUGUUCGUUUCAAUAUCACUAUUAUGUUCCACCUUUCAUUGUAUCAGCCUUACAUUGUAAUCACUCUUGA